AUGUCCAGAUUGUACAGAUUAUGGCCUGUGCUGGGCCUUCUCAAUAGCCUGAGUAACUGGAUACCAGUGGCAAAAAGUCAGAAAGCCUUGCAAAAGGAAGAUGUGGGCUCUUUGGUCAGUGAGGUCUUCAGGAUUGUCGAGUGUCCAGAAAGCCAGCAGCUCUGUGAGAAGUGCGUUCCUCAAGACUGGCUAAUGUCAGCACUAGAGGGCGAUGGCAAUGACUCCAUCAGUGAGGACACCUACCAUAAGAUAUCCACCAUGCUCCUCUAUUAUAUCAUCAACAUGAGACAGAUUUGUUCCUCCAAUGCUUCAUCUUUGUCACCCUCCACCUUCUUUUCACCUUUAUAUCAUGAUUUCUCAUACUGUCUUCGAGCUCUGACUUCACUACACUCAUCGGAAGAUGGACGUUUCCUCUCAACCAAUGAGACAGAAAGCAUCCUGCAACUCAUUAACCAAUACUACCAACCAGAUAAAAGGCCUGCUUCAAAACAAGUACAGUGUAUUGAUGCUACACACCUGAUGGAGGAAUUGGGCGUGACUGAUAGCAGAGGUAUUGAUUCAUCCUCUGUUCCUUUGUUGGCUUUGGCUAUUGUCAAUCACUUGCGCCAAGGUCAUUGCAUCAGGACACAAAACCUCCCCUCGCCUGCUUUCUUCACUGAUUACAUCUUCCAAUCUCUCAACCAAACCAGUGAUCUCCACCUCAUGGAUCUGCAGCAGUUAUUAUUCCAACUUGGUGUUGGUGUAGCUGCAACGAACAAAUCACAAGACAGAAGAAUGAGAAGCACAACAGGACCAUCUUCCAAUGCAUAUCGUCACGAAUUAUUAAGAGGAACCAGAGACUGGAUGCAGAUGUGCUUUUCAGCUAGCCAGCUGCUGGACAUCUUUGCCCUUGAUUCUUUUUCACCAAUCACCAGAGGUCACUUCAGAAACAUCUGUCCUGCAAUCAUUCAGCAGCUGCUGGGUGAUGCCUGUAACCCUACCCAAUCAGUAGCUAGGAAAUCAACACCAAGUGACAUUGAGAAGUACGGCUACAGUUCAGUUGCUGUGUUGCUGAUCACAUUGGGUUCGAUGUUGGGGAUUUGCCUGAUCUUUUUUAGCUCCUGUCAGAAGACUUACAAUCUCAUCCUGCAGCUGUUUGUUGGGCUUGCUGUGGGCACACUGUCAGGAGAGGCACUGCUCCAUCUGAUACCAGAGAUCCUUGGCCUUCAUGAUGACAGCCAGCACGAUGACUCUAACCUCAUGGAACAAAAAGAGUACCUGUGGAAGAUCAUGGGCAUUAUUUCUGGGAUCUAUGGUUUUUUUCUUAUUGAGAGAAUCUUCUCGUUUGUAAUGUCAUCUCAUGGGCAUAGUCAUUCACAUGGCUUGCCUGUGGAACUGAGCUGUAAUGGAGAAGGCCAGCGAGGAAAAUCAGUGUCCACCAUGCAAUUGAGAAGGUUAGAGGAGACAGAGUGUACAGAAAUACAACCAGUGGAGCCCAGCACCAAUCCUGGUCAGCAACAGAAACAAGGCAUUCCACUGCUGGCUGUUAUGGUGAUAGUGGGUGACAGCCUGCAUAAUUUUGCAGAUGGUUUGAUGGUGGGAGCAGCUUUCUCCAACUCAGUCGAAACUGGCAUGGCCACAACAGUAGCUAUCCUGUGCCAUGAGAUUCCCCAUGAAAUGGGUGAUUUUGCAGUGUUACUGAGUUCUGGUCUGUCAGUGAGGUGUGCUGUGCUCAUGAACUUUGUCAGCGCCCUCACAGCCUUCAUGGGGCUCUACAUUGGUCUCUUUGUCUCCUCACAAAUGGAAGUUCAACAGUGGAUCUUUACUGUCACGGCCGGGAUAUUUCUCUAUCUGUCACUGGUAGAGAUGAUGCCUGAAAUGAGCAGAAUUCACUCUCCACAUCCAUUUCUUAUGUUUAUUCUGCAGAAUAUUGGCCUGCUGGUGGGCUGGUCAUGUUUACUGCUUCUAGCACUUUUUGAACACAAGCUCGCUUUUUAA